AUGUGGGCUGUUGGGGAGACCUGCCUAUAUUCAAAGUCUCAAGGCGUAGACUACACUUUUGCCUGCAUCAAGGAUGUUGAUGAUAUCCAAAAGCGACUUCUCGUGGGCUCUUUCGCCGAAGACGAUCGUCCUGAAUGGGUUCCAAUGUCUUGUGUGCUUUCCAUAGACAACGAAACUCAACUUCUCAGUGCAAUCACCGCUCCAAACGCAAACGCUGCGUGCGAGGUAACUUCCUUUUCUUGGAAAGCCCACCUGUUCUAUCAUCUUACAAGCAUUGUCGCUGUCCCCAUAUGUUAGUAGUUCUGCACCGUGACCUCCAAUGUGCGCACCGUUCACCUACGACGUUAUAAUUUCCCGUUCAUAGCUGUCGAAGAUUUAAUUGCUCUUCUCUUAUCCCCUGUUCACUGGGAGUUUUCAUCCCUUUUUUACGGCUCAACUGGGAUUUCUUUGUCUAAGAUGUUUCACGAGUAUUAUUUAAUACCAUCCUUUUAAUCUUCCGAGGUUAUUUUCGAAGUCUAUCAUACUUCUAUAGUAUAGUUCUCAUUUGCGUUAUUUUUUGACAUUUCAGGAGUUGGAUAAGCUUUUUUAUACCUCAAAGGUCAACAAAGCGCUCUCCCUGGAGGAUAAUCAGGAAUCGGUAGGUGUAUAAUCUCCCUCAUUUGCCUGCCUUCCUAGCUUUCUAGGUAUAGCAUACCAGAGCAUUCUGUGCAGCAGAAUCGUGUGCACGGCUCUGCCUGGCGGGUCGGAGACAUUUGUAUUUGCCAGUGGAGUGAGGAUAAGAAUUACUAUUACGCUGAGAUCCGGGAGAUCUACACAGAGACUCAAACAUGCAACGUUGCAUUCCUAUUUUACGAAAACGAGGAAGUGGUCAGCUUGACUGAUCUCUACUCUCACAAGGCCCCCGAGGCGAGACUCGUUACAGACGAGAGCAAUAUCAGAACAGCAGCCGAAAGGCUCAUUUCAAAUUUGUAAGUUUUUCUUUCCCUCUCGGUUCCCUCUUCCUUCAACUUCCGCGGGAUAAGUCUUGCGCUGUUUGUGCUUUUAUCGUAGGUGCGACAAAAUGGAGGGGGUCUCUACCAAGUCUGCACCUGUUACCGUGAAUAAACAAGCAGGAGACAAGAGCAGCUCGUUGAAGAACCCGCCCUCCACAAAGGCGUUGCCAACAGAGAAUGCUCAACGAAAGGAAGUAAAGCCUGAGCCUCCUGUCGUAUCAAGCGCCACUGCGACGGGGAGCCUCGCUCCGCCCCCUUUUCCUGUCCCCUUCUCGUUGCCACCGAACUGGACGGAUUUGAUUGUCGCUGAUCAAGCUCCUCUUCAGGCUCUCUUGACUAGUUGGUUUAUGUGCGGUUAUCAUACUGGUUACUACGAGGUGUGUCCCUUUCCCCCAUUUGUUAAUCAAUCUUAAGGUAUGCUGUUACUCUGUUAAUUUGGGUAGUAUCUCACUUAAUGCAUAAAAGUCAGAAGGCAUCGUAGUUCCGUCUGUGAACUAAGUCAACUUACUCUUUUCUGCGCCGUUCUGCCGUCCGCCUCCCGCCAUACAUAAACCUUUGUAUGGCUUGUUCGCCAACUUAACUACUAGGGAUUUAGUAAAACACGGGUGUCCCGCCUCGUAAGAAAGCGACCUGGCUCGUAAUUACUUGAACCGGCUCCAACUAAUUCCCCAGUUGCAAAAGUUCCGCCUACCCUAGGCAUAGUACGGCAGUUGACUUGACUAGUGGUCUGCUAAGAGGCCGAUUUCUCGUGCACCUCCAGAGGCUGUUGUAACCCCAUAAAAAGUUUGUAGCGUAUACUCAGAAAGCUUACUAAAUAACCGUCUGAACCAGUUGCACCCACACUAUUAAUAGAGCACACCGGUAAGAAUUGAUGGAGUAGGGAGGUGAAUAUAGAACAGUUUGUUUUUUUGAUCCAGGUAACCUCAGACUUAUUCAGCUAGCUUGAGGUUAGGAGAUCUACUGGACCGAUGGAGCGAUUGGAGGUCAGCUCAUGCUUCUAGGCGCCUGUACAGGGAGCGCCCGCGGCGGUGAGACAUCUUAAUCCCGGUAGUUGCACCACGACAUGCCAUGGCCCGUUAGCGCCUCUUCUUGCUUUGCUCCAUUUGGGGAGUCUUUUAUUGUCCAUAAUCAUCAUCAACAUGAUCCCCUUCUCCCUUUUCAGGGUCUGAAGGCCCGGGAGUCGAGAGGCAGCCAUACGCCUAAACGUACAAAUUCGUCAGCGCCUACCUAA